AUGGCAACCGCGCCCGCUGAAGUUCUUCCGCCAGCCAAGAGGUGGAAGAAGGACCCCGGUUGCCUGGAAACCUCACCAGUCCUUCCGGCCACGGCGACUGCAGACUGGUCCUCGCUCCCGUACGACAUCGUGGGUCACAUCGCCGACUCAUUCCUCGCUACCAACAACCUAGAUUGGUACAUGGAUCUGCGCGCCGUCUGCCACAACUGGCGCUCCGCCACUGACGAUCCCAGGAACAGCAUCUCUGAUUCCCGGUUCCGGCCUCGCCUAUGGAUCGUCCUCGACGAGGUCUUCGAGAGUGACACGCGCCGCCUCUUGGUCAACACCGCCACCGGCCGGUUCCUCCACAAGGAGCUCCCGCUGCUCCGCGACUACUAUGUCGUCACCACCAGUCCCCAUGGUUUAUUCGUCCUGGCCGACAGGAGCCCUCCUCACGCGGCUUGUGUCUUCAACCCUCUCACCGGUGAGAUCAUCCGUUUCACGGCGGCGACUGUGCCGCUCGAGGUUCAGGUCACCGCUGCCGUCUGCUUUGACUUCUCUUCGCCCUUGCUCACAUUGUACUGCCACUCGUGUUGCAAGAUGUACUACAUGACCAGUCCUCACAGCAGUUUUGACACCCUAGACCUAGAGUGCGCGCUUUUGGUUUAUAGUUUUUUCCGGAGGGCGGCCGGAGCUGGUUUGGUUGGUCCUUGGUGGGAUUUACUCAGAACAACUGGCAUGGCUCUCAAGAUCUACGAAGUGGGGCAGUCGCUUUGCGUUGAUCUGUUGAAGUUUUUCUCCGAUGAUCCUACUGAGAUGGGACUUGCAAACGAUGCCCGGUGUUUCCCAAUGGAAUUCCGUGGACAGAAGCUGGUCGCCAUCAAGGGACAACAUUUCUUCCAGGUUUUAAGAUUCGAGAGCGGCGAGCUUUUGUAUGUGAAGAGCAUCUUGAACCAUGCCAUCUUCAUUGGUCAUCAUAGGUGCCUUGUUGUGGAUGCUGAUAUGUUCCCAUUGAUUGAGGCAAACUGUAUCUACUACACCGAACACCACGGGUCGUCUGCUCACAUCUGGAAGUACAAUAUCAAGGACCGGAAAGCUGAGAGGAUCUCGGAAGCUGCCGAUUUUGUGAAGCGGGACAAGCAUUUUGUCCUCAUUGGCAACCGUCCUUUCACGAUCGUCCAGCUUCUGUCAAGCUACACCAUCAGCAUCCGGGAUUCUGAACUGGCCUUGCAGCAGACCACACAAGGCGCUGAUGAACUGCAUGACAUUUGA